GUCUCUCCUGGAUUGACAGGGAUGGAAUUUAUAAACACCUUUUACAGGAGGUGUGCAGGGGAGCAUUAGCACACAGCAAACCCAAGUCAAGCGACAGACAGACAGAAAGUUCACGAAAUCUCAGAAUAUUGGAAGCAGAGAAUCAACAGCUGGGGAACCUAAAUCAAAUGUAAAAUCUAGAUCUGACAGAGUCACUUAAUUCAUCAGGAUGUGAUUAUCAUCAAGUGUUUCAUUUGUGAGGAAAAGAUUUGAUACUUCCAACUGUGGACAAAGAUUUCAGCUGCAAUUUCACAGGGUGUUACAAACAGAGCAUCUACAAUAAGGAAACUGAAACCAAUCAUUAUAUCAGGAUUGGACAGAUAUGCCCCAUUUGCCACAACCUGAAUCGCAACGGACUUUGAACAUGGAAGGAAAAAACACCAUUCACAGUGGAGAGAAACGAUGGAAAUGUGGAGAUUGUGGAGAAAGGUUCCGUUACUUGUCAGUGCUGGAAAUUCAUCGCCGUAGUCACACUGGGGAAAGACCAUUCACCUGCACAGAGUGUGGGAAAGGAUUCACGCGGUCAUCCAUCUUACUGAAACACCAGCGAGUUCACACUGGGGAGAGACCUUUUAAAUGCCCAGUUUGUGGAAUGUGCUAUAAAAGUUCCAGCAACUUAAUGGCCCAUUUACGUGUCCACAGUGAUGAAAGACCUUUCCAAUGCCCAGACUGUGGGAAGUGCUAUAAAGGUUCUGGGGAUCUGAUGCGCCAUCAACAUAUUCACACUGAGGAGAGGCCUUUUAAGUGCCCAAAUUGUGGGAAGUGCUACAAAAGUCCCAGGGCACUAAUGAACCAUCAACAAGUUCACACAGAGGAGAGACCUUUCGAAUGCUUAGACUGUGGGAAAUGUUUUAAAACAUCCAGCAAUCUGAUAUCCCAUCGGCGUGUUCACACUGAUGAGAGACCUUUCAAAUGCACCGACUGCGGGAAAUGCUUUAAAAGUUCGAGAGAUUUGAUGAACCAUCAACGUGUUCACUCUGAUGAUAAACCUUUUAAAUGUUCAGACUGUGGAAAUUGCUUUAAAAGUUCUGGGGAACUGAUGUCCCAUCAACGUGUUCACACUGAUGAGAAACCUUUCAAAUGUUUGGAUUGUGGGAAAUGCUAUAAAAGUUCUGGAGAACUGACUUCGCAUCAACGUGUUCAUACUGAGGAGAGAUGGUUCACGUGUUCCCAGUGUGGGACCAGAUUCAGACGAUCGUUUGAUCUCACGGAACACCGGCGAAUUCACACUGGGGAGAAGCCGUUCACCUGCUCCGUGUGUGGGAAGGAAUUUACUCGGUCCUGUCGCCUUGUGGCACACCAGCGAGUUCACACUGAGGAGAGACCGUUCAGAUGCUCUCACUGUGGGUCUGGGUUCAGGCAAUCAUCCCAUCUCACUGCGCACCAGCGAGUUCACACUGGAGAAAGGCCAUUUGCCUGCACAGAGUGUGGGAAGAGAUUCACUCGGACUUGUAACCUGCUGAGACACCAACGAGUUCACAAGUGA